GACCCCUGGGGCGAGGCCAGCUGUCUACCCCCUGGGGCUGCAGUAACACGGCAGUAGGACCGUUAGUCCUUAGCAUGACCUUACAAUAUUGAUCACAUGACAUCAUUCACCACUCUAACGGCAGCACACAAUAUUAGUACUGCUGUUCCAAAGGAGAUGCUAUCACUGGGGAAACAGGCUUAACCCUGCAAGUCCUGGAUCAGUCUUGAGGUUUGGACUACGGCACCCCUCCAUGGACAGAACUGGAGUGAGGGAGAGGAUCAGGAAGUUAGUUGAUGAAGCUGCCAUGUAAAGAUAUCAACAUUUGAUACCCACAAGGCUAUACGAUUCUACUGGAGCACAUUGACUUGUGGAUAGUGUACGUUACAGCACAGUAUUCGUGUGGCGUGUGUCAACAUUACAUCAUUCUUGGGAAUAUAAGAGCUGUCAAAAAAACAAAAUGGAGUGUUCCUACAUUUUACGUUUGAUAGCCUUCACCACAUCUUUAAUUGUGGACUCAAUUGAUAUGAUCAGUGACUGGCUACUGUACCAUGACGUUGUUGAGGCAAAGGAAGGCUUGGUUUUUGGCCACUUUGAAAAUGGCCUGACUACAGCACUGCUAGCCUUCUCUAUCAUUGGUUCAUGUUUGUUUCUGUUUGAAAUCAUCACUUUGGCCUUUAAUCUGACACGUGAUGACCUUCCCACACUCCUUUUGGACACGGCUGCUUUGCUCGUAAUCUGGGUGGAAGAUGUCCCUCAAAUCGUCAUCAAUGUUGUCAUAGUUGCAUGCCGAGAUCAACCAAUCAGUGUGGUUCAGAUCAUAAAGGCCAGUAUCUGUAUGUUUGGAGCACUGAUAAAGCUUGUGAUAGCAAUAGUUCGUUACUGGUACUGGAGACGGAAGGAGGAGAAGAUCGGCUCUAAGGAAAAUCAGCGUAUCAACAAAUGGGUGAGAAUCAUCACCUUUCCAGGUAUCCUUUUGAUAAUGCUUGGAUCCAUCAUGGUGUUUUCCUUCACACAGCUCACUUGGGACAAUGCAGAUGGCAGCCUCAAGUUCCAGAAUCCUCGCCGACUUCUGGACGGUGAAUAUAACACAGACAAAUACUUUGACCAGGUUGGUGUGUAUGCUAACUUGGCAUCCAAAGAUGGUGGACCAAACGUCGCCAUGGCGACAGAUGAAUGGAUCAGAUUGGUGGACAUUCAUGACUUUGGGGAAAGGAAAAAUACCAUUGUCACUCAUGUUACAUUUGGUGUAGGGGCUAGCAAGUUUCUCUCAAUACAAAAACCACCAGGAUCCCUAGCAACAGCAAACUUCUCAGAAUGCUACUUCAAAAAUGGUGCAUUUUGGGUCUUACAGACUUCGCUUGAUAGAUGUUCGAUCCAGAACCAACGAACAGUGUCUGCGGUGAUAGAGCUGAGAUUUGUUGAACCUGAGGGUCAUUUGCUACUGGGAGACAUAGAGUACAACUCAGACGUUUACCUGGAUAAUAACUGUAACAGUGUAAUUAUCCCCACCACACAACCACCACGCCUCUCCCUACGCUACUUCAAAUCGAGACUGGCCAUCUCGUCUGGAGUCCACCACUUAGUGGCGCCGGUAUCAGUGACAGAAAGCAAGUUUUACUCGAAGUUACACCUACAGCCCAUCACUGAAAUAUGGAAGACAGGUUUCCUCGGCUGUAGAUUCACAGGAAAGUCACAACCUACACAUAACACUGACCUGCCUGUACCCUGUCUAUAAUGUAUCUAUGUAGUACCUAUAGUGCUAAAAAAACUAUCUUUAUGGACAAGUCUCCUUCAGACAUCAGUACAUGUACCUAAGUAAUUUGAUUACAGUCCAGUUAAAGAUGUGUAUAGACUCUCCUCUCCUCUAGAGAUUAUUGGUUCAAACAAUAGGCUUUAUACUGUAAUUUCCACAGAAGUAUUUCUUUAUAACCGUUCAUCUGGUAAAACCUGUAUAUGUUCAUCUGGUAAAACCUUUAUUUAUAACUACUUUAUUAAUUAGCCUUCUGUAUAUGUUCAUCUGGGGCCUGUUCGUUUAUGUGGAACAACCGGUUUGUCCGUUUUUAAAAUCCUGGGGGACCUGUUAAUGUUUAUGCAGGCCUUGAAAGGCUUGCCUGAAAGCAGCAUCAGAUUACUACAACUGUAGGUCCAACCUUAUUUAAUAAACAAACAAAUGUGGUCUGACCAGUUCAACCGUUUUAACGAAAACAUCCCUGGUAAAACUUGUAUUUAUAACUACUUUAGCCUUCUCUUUAUGUUCAUCUGGUGAAACCUGUAUUUAUAACUACUUUAGCCUUCUGUAUUAAUGUUGUAAGAGUAUUCAUGUCUAUAUGUACAAACAGUUUUUUAUAUAAUGAGUCAAAUAGAAGGGACCACAUAGUUGAUCUACAAAGCUGAAGAUAAGUUCUGAAAAGACCUUAGUACAUUUGUAUUUAAAUGACAUUUGUCAUUAUUCACUAUUUUUUUAUGUUUGAUAGAAAUAUCAUUCAGUUGUCAGUACUGCUUUAUA